AGACUCCAGCCUCCAGCCGCUCCAGAGAAGUGUUACUUUCUUUCGUCCUAAUACCAUGGCUGCUGCUUUUGCUGCCUUCACCCGAACACAAUCGUCAUUUAGGUUAAAGCACCUGGUCAGCCGGAGCUACUCGACAAAGGCAAGUGGCGUACUUCCUCCCCCUGAUGUCUCUCGUUUGGCCGCAACAGCUCGCAUUUCUCUCACCUCAGCUGAGAUUGAAGAAUUCGCUCCUAAAAUUGGACAAGUGAUAGACUGGUUUGGUCAACUCCAAGCUGUUGAUCUUGGAAGUAUUGAGCCAUCCAUUAGAGCAGAUACCGAAGGCGAUAGCUUGCGGGAUGAUGUGCCUGAAUGUUUUGAAAACAGGGAAGCCAUUAUAGCUGCAUUUCCAAGCUAUGAGGAGCCUUAUAUCAAUGUCCCCAAAGUGCUGAACAAGGAAUAAUUUUCUCAGAGCAUCCCAGCCAUAUGCCUAGUCCUUAUGUAUUGUAUCCAUUCUCAUUUACUUGAAAUAAUUUUUUAAAGCUUCAUUUGUUUGAAGCAUUUCUCUAGAUUCUUUGAAUUUGAAUGGAAUAUUUAAAAGAGGAAGUCUUGGUAUUAACCAGUUCUAUUUUUCUUUUUGUAGGGGCUAAGCGUUUAUACUAUAGAACAAUUUAUUUUCCAG